AUAUGACCAGCGGCCCUGGAGGAGGCGGGGGGAGUGGGCAGCCGGCGCACAGUAGUGCGACGGCAGCUACGGCAACAACAGUGAGCAGCAACAGCAGAUGCAACACACCAUCGACAGCAGCAGCAACAUCGACAGCAGCAACAGCAUCAUCUGGCGCAGGAACACUUCAGCGUCGCAUACUGCGCGGCCAUGCAGCGCAGACAACCAGCGGCGAGCGUGUUCUGCUCAUCAACUACGUGCCCCAGUCGGGAUCCCAGACGGGAUCGGGAGCAGCAUCCACAUCGGCUGGCUCCAACCACAGCACGUCCCAAUUGCCCACUCGUAAAAUCCUCCAGGCCAGAGCCACGGCAGGAGCAGCGGCGGCAGCAGCAGCUGGGGGAGGAGCAACUGCAUCUUCCUCGACUGCUUCUGGAACAUCCACAUCCACGCCAGCUGUCUCGUUUGCCGGUUUGGGCUCUGAGGUGACGGUUACGUUGACGCGAACCAAUCAGCGCGCCAGCGUCACCAGUGUCACCGCCGCUGGUCAUAUUGUACGGAACCAACAAUCAGCUUACCACCAGACAACGACCACCGCCACAGCAUCGACAUCGACCAGCACAACAGCCAUGCACGAGCCGAUCCAGCACAUAGCAACGCCAACGACGCCGCCACCUCUCGUUUUCACUCAUCAUCCGCAUCACAUCCACUACCAUCAGGAGGAUCAGCUGGUGGAUCAUCACCAGCUGGAGCAGGAGCAGAUGAAUAUCGAUCAUAAUCAGCAGACGGAGGCUGAUCAGUUGAUCGAGUACGAUGGCGGGGUAAUCGAAGAGCAGCAUCACCAUCAGAUGCAAUUGCAGGAGGAUCUCCACGAUCCGCAGCAACAGCAGCAACAUGAAGUUGUCCAAGAGGUUUAUCUCCAGUAAAAGAAAUCCCAAAAUAAAUACAUAUAUAGAUUAUACGACUACGAGUAUAUACCGCUAAUAGAGAUUUAAGUAAUAUUAGAUAAGUUUUAGCUAUUGGAAGCCACUCCCAAAAUGUGUUGGCGAUAGAUGCAAUCGGUUUUAACGCUGUUUAUAGCUUUAAUUCGGUAAUUUUUGAAAAAAAAUCCAGCAGUAAAAGAAGGUUAUUCUGUUAUAAGACUUACCAAGUACUCGGACAUUUAUUAUUUUGUUAAGAUUCACAUUUUUUCUCGCUAGAGAAACCUACUUAAACCUACACAUUUUGGGAAAGUCCAAUUCAUAUACUGUACAUACACGUAUUAUAUCAAAUAUAUCUAAUUAUAAUGAUUAUGAUCCAAUAUAGAACAUAGAAUAUAAUGAAUACCAUUUUUAGACUUGUACAUAUAUAUAUUAGAUAUAUGUAUAUUCUGUGGCAAGUAGGAAAGUAUUUUCAAUUGAAAAUAUUAAAUUAAAAUUUACAGAACGAAACGGAAAUGGAAACGUUCAAUUAAAUAGUUGAUAAAAUUGACAGAUUAUUUUUGUACCAUACGAAUACCGAUAUUUAUAGAAAUUAGUUUACGACUUUCGAUCCAGCUAUCUGCACAUUAUAAUUAACCGUUUAAGGUGCAUUAUUUAUGGUUCAG